CUGGGACACACACUGGGCCUGACUGGGAUGGGCUCGUAUGCUUGCUGGAGCCUUUUUUUUCUGCUGCAGUGCCAUUUGAAAACACUCCAACCCUUCUGCAGUGCGCUGGAGCCCAGAACUGAUGUUGAAUGACUCCUCUUUUUUUUUACCCAACCCACACACACACACACACACACACACCUCAUUCAGCCGUUUACAUCACACCACCACCGCCACCCUCGUAGGCCAUCCAAAAGCACCUCAAGGUUCUGAGUGAACAGCCCAACAAUGAAAUAUCUAAGUGUCAAACCCUGCAGCCGGCAUGAAAGGGCCUCAAAAGAGAAGGCCGGGGAGCAGUCAAGGUCACUGCAGCGUCAGCAAGUGAGGUGAUCGUGGGUGUGGUCUCUGGAGUGAAAUUAUUUAUGAUACGUUUUAGUGCUUAAAAUAGGCUGAAACACAGACAUAGAAAGAAAGUCAUUGUGGCUGUCUCUCUCUCUCCCUCCCUCCCUGUCUACAGCUCUCCCUGUUUCUCUCUCUCUGUCUGCCUUUCUGUCUCAGGAGCAAUCUAAAAUUGGCCAUGCUUGAUGCAUUAGCUCUGCUUGACUAGAGCUCGCAGUUGAAAGCAAAUGAGGGGGGACAGGAAAAUGUCGACAGGUGAUUAAUGGCAAAUGUCCAAAGUGUUCAAAGCAGAAUAAGUUCUCUUCUCACACCCUGAACCCAUAAAGCUUCACUUUAGAGAGAAUAUAAGUCUGUAAGUAAUCCGCUAUAGCAAAGAAACGCGACGGAUGUAAAGUCAACGUGAGCGAUAUCAGUUGCUGCACCUGUGCAGGAGAGUGAUGAGGAAUUUGACAGCUUUAAAUGCAUUAAGUAAUGGAUCCUCAGAAAGCACUAAUGCAGCUGUUUUUGGUGCAUUACUUCCAUCGAUUGGUAAUCGUUUCCAUUGACCUGCUUUGACCGAGGAUUAGAGAGAAGCAUCAAGAUUGAUAGGGGAUCAAUAACCUGUCUGUGGAGCCAACCUCAGGACAGGCAGGCAGCCCACACUGACGCUUUACUUUUCAGGGAAAAUGUCCAGGAAAGUCGAAGGUUUGCGUCAUAAAUCUCAUGUGGCUUUGUGACGAGUACAGUAAAUAUAGCAGGGAGGAUGAGCGUCGCAGAGGGAACGUGUGGGCAUAAGAUGUUUACACUGAUCUGUAAGGCCAUCCAGUAAUACAGAUGAAUAAAUGUGAUUGGUCAUUAAAAGACUAGGCAGCAUAAGGUGUGUUACAAAAAUCACCAACAACAUCAUUAAUCUCUUGGCAGCUCUGUAACUUUUUUAUAUCUUGAAGAUUUUAUACUGAAUAUCAUGUGUUUGAAACUUGGAUUAUUUAUAGUUCUAAUGACAUACAUUUCUUAAUAUGCAUAAGCAGUUAAUUAAUUGCCUUGACUGAUUUGAUUUCAUCUUUUAUUCCAGUGAACUGUACUUUUCAAGAAAUCAUUAUAUCUUCCACUAUUGUCUUUGCUCUUUCUCAAUCAUCCAGGAAAAUGUCUCAAGUAUGAUUUAUUUUUUCUUCCAAAUAAUAUAAAAAAGGAAAUGUGAGUUCCAAAAAUAUGAAAAUUUAAAUUAAUAAAAAUACAUUAAAAAGAAAAAGUUAAAUCCUUAAUUGGUCACUUCAGUAAACUCCCUUAUAGUUUUUCACUAGUCAGAUAUUCGCUGUCCGUGGUGCUGAAACAUCUAGACCGUCACAGCAUUGACUGUUUCAGAUCAAGUCAGAUUAAGUUAUGACAGGAGUUUUGAGAAUUUCAAUCUUUUUUGUGUGAAACAACGUAAAACAGAGAAAAGACUCAACUAAAAUGAAUAAUGACAAAUAUAAAGUGUAUAGCCAAUUAACUGACAAGAAAAGAAGCAGGCAACAUGUGUAUAAAAGACAAAUAAAUAAUCAAGAAAAAUACACCGACUUUAAUUUUAAAAAUGAUGCGUGGAAUUAAGAUUAAUUUUAAUUCAGUGAAUGUAGUCGUGUGAUUGUGUUUCUUUUUUGUGUGGAUGGUUCAUGUGUUUGGGGAGCCAGGGGGUAGAGAGAAGUAAGGAGCACAGAGAAUAAUAAAAAACACAUCUAUCUAUCUAUCUAUCUAUCUAUCUAUCUACCUACCUACCUACCUACCUAUCUAUCUAUCUAUCUUUCUAUCUAGACUGGACGGGACCUGGGACCACUAACAGUAGCUGUGAGGGGCCCCCGCCCUCUCCUCCCCUCCCUCCAUCAAUGGAGGAAUCAAAAGUGCUUGGACCUGCCUGUUAGCGGCAGAGCCUCUCAUAUAUAAGGAGCAGGCGGAGGAGGACUCAGUCGCUGUGAGAGCCAUACACCCCUCACCUGCACACACACACAUAACACACACACUCACAUACACCCUCGCCUCCACCACCUGCUCCGUCCCCCCGUCAUUCCUGCUCACACCCCCACGGUAGUCUGACCGGAUGAGUUACCCGGUGGACACGAUAGGGAGCCCCUUCAGGAGAACUAUGGAGACUAGGACCAGCUACGGCUACAGCCGCUCCGGCAGCACCCCCUCCAGCGGCUUUCGCUCCCAGUCCUGGUCCCGAGCGAGCCCCGGAUCCACCAUGACCACCUCCUACAAGAGGAGCGUGAACAUGCCGGUGUCCCGAGCCUACAGCUCCACGGUGCUCAGCUCCGCCGACAGCGUUGAUUAUAACCAGACCUCUAUCCUGAACGGAGACUACAAGCGAUCGAACGAGAAAGAGCAACUCCAAGGGCUCAACGACCGCUUCGUUGUUUACAUUGACAAGGUGCACUUCUUGGAGCAGCAGAACAAGCAGAUCGAGGCGGAGAUCCAGGCACUGCGGCAGAAGCAGGUGUCCCGCACCCAGCUGGGAGACCUCUAUGACCAGGAGCUGCAGGAGCUGCGAUCCAUGCUGGAGCAGAUCCACCACGAAAAGGCGCAAAUCCAGCUCGACACUGACCACAUCGAGGAUGACAUCCAGCGGCUCAGGGACCGCUUCGAGGAAGAGGCUCGCAUCCGGGAGGAGACAGAGGCGAUAAUCCGCGUCCUGAAGAAGGACACGAGCGACUCGGAGUUGGUGAAGUCUGAGUUGGACAAGAAAGUUCAGUCGCUGCAGGAUGAGAUCGCCUUUAUCCGCAACAACCACGAAGAAGAGGUGAGCGACCUCAUCGCUCAGAUCCAGGCGUCUCAGGUGACCGUGGAGAGGAAAGACCUCCAGAAGGCGGACAUCACCGAAGCUCUGCGGGAGAUCCGCUGCGAACUCGAGGGCCACUCCAACCAGAACCUGCAGCAAGUGGAGAACUGGUUCAUGUGCCGCUUCGCCAAGCUCACCGAGGCUGCGGAGCAAAACAAGGACGCGAUAAAGUCCGCCCGGGAUGAGAUCGCCGACUACCGCCGCCAGCUGCAGUCCAAGACGGUGGAGUUGGAGUCUGUCCGCGGGACGAGAGACUCUUUGGAGAGGCAGCUGAACGACAUCGAGGACCGGCACAACAGCGAUUUGGCCAGCCUCCAGGUAAGGAGUUCAGCGGCGGCCACAGAGCCGUGCGUAAAAGCUGGAGAGACCUUAGAUGACCUAUCCUCUCACUGAGGAUAUGGGAUUGAUUCUGCUGUUAUUCAGAUUUAAUUGACACUUAAACUUUAAAAGUCAAAGUAAAGGUUUGAUUCCGAUCAUGUUAAAUGUAUUUAUCUAAUAUUUGAUUUUAUUUCAGUGAUGUAGGACAGUUUUAUUUGGGGUGGCAGGAUUGAAAAAUCACUAUAUAAGCUAUGAGUGAAACGGAUCACACUUUUUUCUCUUUUCUGGUGAAGCUUGUGUGAAAACAUUUUCUGCUGCGUAACGCCUGCUAUGAGCUCAUCACUUUCCAAGCUUUCCAAGAGUCAGGAAAGAGUUAAAGGGGAGACACUGCAGCAGACUCUCUCUCUCUCUUUCUCUCUCUCUUGCUGAGUCAGAGGCCUGGGUCGAUGCCUUUAUUGGCUGUGUCCUUACAUCACACCACAGAGAUUCUUGGGUGGGGGCGGGGUCGUAUUGACAAGUGUGGAGGCUGUCCUUGAAAGUGAGGCAUUCAGAAGAUCCAGAAUACUGUAUUGCGUCAGAAUAAAUCAUCACAGCAACAGCUUUUGGUGCACACAGAGGAACAAAUUGAUCGAAUAAUCUCCAAUGUUUAAUUAGCUGCACAAAGUUUGUGAAAACAUGGGUCUUUUAAAUCCUGAUUUUGAGAAACUUUAUCAAAUAAUCUUCAAAAGAGAAUAAAGCUUUUUGCCAGCUUAUGCUUUUUUGUGUGCUCUUCUUUUUCGACAGGAAACAAUUCACCAGCUGGAUAAUGAGCUCAAGAGCACCAAAUGGGAAAUGGCUCGUCAUCUGCGUGAGUACCAGGACCUUCUGAAUGUAAAGAUGGCCCUGGACAUUGAGAUUGCUGCAUACAGGUACAAACUGAUGUGGAUUAAAAAGUUUACAAAUCACAAUUCCUGAUUUUGAUGACACAGUUCCUUGUCAAAUGCUCUAAAUCUGAUUUUCUACAUCCCUAGGAAACUCCUCGAGGGCGAGGAGACCCACUUUAGCUCAUUCCCUUACCGCCAAGCUGUUAGCACCAAAAUCUCAAAGUCUAAAUCAGACGCUCCCAAGCUGAAGGUGCAGCACAAGUUUGUGGAAGAGAUCAUCGAGGAAACGAGGGUAGAGGAUGACAAAACCGACAUCGACGAGGCUCUGGCAGAGAUCGCUCAAGAGCUGUCAGCCACCCUCGGAGAUGGAGGAGAGGAGGCAGAGGAGGAAGGGGAAGAGGAAGGAGAGGGAGAAGAAGCAGAGGGAGAGGGGGAGGGAGAGGAGGAGGAGGAAAUCAUAGCCUCCACUGACGCCAAAGUUAGCUCAAGCGCUCCCGCAAAGGAGGAAGAAGAGGAGGAUGAUGAGGGAAAAGGUGGUGAUGAGGAAGAUGAGGGGGAGGGAGAAGGCGAUGAGGAGGAGGGAGAGAAGGAAGAAGAAGGCGAGGGAGAGGGAGAGGAUGAGGGAGAAAAGGGCGAUGAUGAAGAGGGUGGUGAUGAAGGAGAGGAAGGAGGAGACGGGGAGGAGGAAGUUGAGGAGACGGUGCUGUGCUCCAAAGCUCCAGAGUCUAAAGCCUCUCCCGACAAAGAGAAGGCAGGAGACAAGGAGGCGAGUGGAGGAGAGGAGGAAGCCGGUGCUGAAGAGGAGGGAGGAGACCAGGAUGACGAUGCAGGAAGUGACAAAGCAUCCAAAAGUGGAGAUGAGAAAGAGGAAAAAGAGGAUGCAGAUAAAGGAAAGACAGAGGAAGAGAAAGUGAAAGAGGACAAAUCUGAAGAAGUUGUAGCUGCAACUGAAGCUCCAAAAACAGAAUCUGCCAAACCUGAAGCCAAGAAGGAAGAACCUGCCAAGAAAGAUGCAUCAAAGCCCAGCUCUCCAAAGUCUGAAUCACCUAAGCCUGAAUCCCCCAAGUCUGAAUCACCUAAGCCUGAAUCCCCCAAGUCUGAGUCCCCCAAGCCUGCAUCUCCCAAGGCCGAGUCCCCUAAAGCUGGCUCACCAAAAAGCGAAUCCCCAAAACCAAGCUCCCCAAAACCCGAGUCUCCUAAAUCUGAAUCCCCUAAACCAGGAUCUCCAAAAGCAGAAUCCCCCAAGAAAGAGACCCCAAAAUCUGAGCCUGCAAAAGCCGCAGAAGAGAAAUCAGACAAGAAGAGCGACUCCACAGAAGACAAGAAGGUAGAAAAGAAGGAUGUUGCGAUGAAUGGUGACUUAGACAAGAGCAGCCCUGAGGAGAAAGGGAAGAAAGACGAGGGGAAAGACAGCGAAGUGCUAGCUAACGGUGUGGAUGAGAGCCCUGUGAAGGACGACGGCAGCCAGAAGGUGGUGAUCACCAAAACUGUGGAAACGAUCACCACUGGAGAGGACGGAUCCAAGCAUGUCACUAAAUCCAUUACUGUGACCGAGACCGUGAAAGAGGUGGAGGAAGUCGAGGAGGUCAUGCAGGAGAAGCUGGUCUCCAGCAAGAAGACGGAGAAGCACUCCACCCAGUCUAUCAAGCAGGUGACCGAGGGUGACUGAGCAGCUUCAAGGCAGCUGACCCAGCUCAGGAGGAAGAGGAGGGGGCCAGAGGAGAAGACCCGAAGACAAGCAAUGAAACCCAGAACUAACAUAACAAAGAAAACCAUACAGCUAGAGCGACGUAAUAAAGAUAACCACUCUCAAACAUACAAGACAAAGCAUAGAGAGACGCCAAAACCUUAAUGCUACAAAACUUCAAAAAUGCAUGUUGAGUGACAGCUUUAAAUGGGCUUCGCUGCAGAUGCGGUCAGGAGCAAGUGACUGAGACAUUUUAUCCUUUAUCUGUUUCUUUCUGCAGUUCACGGGAGAGCUCACGGAGGGAGGGAGGGCGGGCGGGAGGGGGGUCUCUGCAUGCUAGCUCAGGAGAGGGGAAUACUUUCCUCUUGUAUUUGUAUGUAUGGUAGAUCUACACUGUAAAAAGAGUACAUAUGUGAAAGGAAUACAUGUUGUUUGGGUGGGAGAGUGAGAGUAUUAUUCGAGUCGAGGAGUAUUUUGAGUUUAAGUCAAAGAGAGGGGACAGGCAGGUGGGAGGGUCUCACUGAAGAAGCCUUACGAGACACGUGAAGAUACCAACUGAGCCAAAAAAAAAGAAACUAACAACUACACAACACACAGUGAGGAAAGAGACGAGCAGGGAUAUGAUAGACACAUGACCAUAUACAUCCAGUAACUGAAGCAGUUAAAGCUUAACGAAACCUGAAGAAACUCCUAGCCUUAAACAUGCUUUUUAUCCGUGUCUGUUCUGUUUACCUGAGUGCAACUGAAAAAUAAAACUGUAAAUGCGCACAUACAUGCAUUCUUGUAUGCAUAGGAUGGACUUGAAUUUAAAUACAGAAAUAAAUGAGGUGCUACUGUUUGCAAUCCCAUGACUUUACUCAUCAUGAACGAUUUCCCAGCAGCAUUUGCUCAAUAAAUGUCAUAAUGAAUAAAAGUGUGUGUCCUGUCAUUUCAUAUGAACAAAAAAUUUUGACUUUGCAAACUUGACAUCAAGAAUAGCUACAUAAUGUAGUUAGGUGUAAAAAAAUGCAAAGCUAUAGUUUCAAUGACUCUCAAUUUCAGAGGUGAUCACAUCUUUUAUAUUCACCAUCUAAUUUCUAAUACCAAUUUGUGGAGACAUUAACAUAAGGUUUAUAUCAAAGUAACCAAAAAGAUUAACAACCCCUGUAACAAUGUCCUCUGGCCCUCUCUAUGGCAUGAAUAUGCAUUGAUAAUAUAAAAUCAGAUGCAUUCCUUGCAGUUAAAUUAAUAUUAAUAUUCAAACACAGUGACUUUAUCAUCAGACAGGUUUAAAAUGUUAAUAGACCUGCACAUAAAAAAAUCAUUUAUUGAUAUAAAGUUAUCAUGCAAGAAAGCAACUUGUCUCAUUUGAAAAAGUUAGUGAAAGUGACUCAAUUCAGUGCCAUUUGUCAUUCUCUAACACUCUAAAUGGAUAUUCAAGUUUUUAAAAAUCUGUGAUAUAUGUUUCAUUGACCAUGCUGAAAGGAUAGUGAAGAUUUAUUCCUCUGCAGAACAGCUAAAGUGUUGCUGAAAGAUUUGAUAGAUGAGCUGCUGCCUUUAGGUUUUAAAUAUGUGCAUUUUGUUCUUUGUAAACAUCAUAAAGCAAAAGAAGUGGUGGCAGAUGCUUGUGCUGACUAGCUGGCUGCAAAAAAAGAAAAAAGAUCAGCAACAGUUUUUAAAGGGGUUUUAAUACCCACACGGCAAUGUGCUAUAUGAAUGCUACAGCUGCGUGUGUUAUGUAAGUGCAUAAUGUCUGUUUAGGAAGUUAAAUAACAGAGCAGCUGCUGGGUAAUGCCAGCCACAACAUGGGAGACUAUGGAUGCUGUACUGCAGAGAUAAAAUUCAAACUGGUAAGAAGUAAUAAACACAAGCAAGUGAUACCAUAUAAUAUUUAUAUGGUUUGGAAUAUACUCUGUUCUUGUACAUAUCUUAUUUCUUUAACACUGCUCUUUCUAAAUAGUUUUAUUUCUUAUAUUCUGCACUUCUUACCAACCUUUGCAAUUUCUUAUCUAUUCUUAUUCAUUCCUAUUCUCCUUUUACGAAUAUCUGUAUUUUCAAGAGCAAGUGUGAUGCUUUAUUUAUCACCCCCGGGCAUAAAUAAAGUUUUUAUGAUUCAGAUUCAGAUCCAGAUUUUAUCUUUGCAUACAAAGUGUUGAAGGUCCCUGACACCUGCUUCAGGGAACACCUGGUACAACAAAAACAAAAACAUGCUCGUGUCUCUUUUGGUCUCAAAUCACUUGACCUGUGGGGCGGCUGUUGCCCAGUGGCAGAGUCGGUCAUCUCCCUAUCGGAAAGCUGGGGGGUUUGAUCCCAAGGUUGUCCAAAUACCAUUUGACCUAAUUUUCCGCACACAGUGAUGUAUGAGAGGGAUAAGUCAAAAACUGAUGGGCUCUUUAUAUAAAAGCCUCUGUGAUCUAAAGACUGAGCUCACAAGACUUGAUAUAUAAACAUAGUCCAUUUAAACUUCAAACCAGCCAGUUACUUAUACCUCCAAUAAGAGCACAGUUUAACCAUGAUAGGGAUUAAAGCAACUGAAAUACAAGACAAAAAAAAUAAAGAGGCUCUAAAUUUAAAAGGACAGAAAACGAUCAUUACCACAGUCGCCACUAAAACCUGCUGAGGAAAGAGAAAAGGGUUGCUGUUGUGUUGUAAUUGUCUCAACCACUCGGACCCGGUGUCCGCACAUGUGCGGGUAAGACCGUGACAUGAGCCUCUCCCUCUCAUCUCCAGCCUCUAUCUUCACAAGGACGAGAUAAAACAACAGAGUUUUCUCUGAUUUUGCUACCGGGGGGUUAGAGCAUGUCUAAAUGUUGUGUUUUAAUAUUUCACUGAUCUAUAUUAAUAAGUUUUUAAGAUUUUAAACACUUUUACAUGUUUUAAACGCGCUGUAGACAUGAGUGACUCCGGUAGAAAAGAGGAAGCUGAAGAAGCCGUCAGGUAACUUCACCCCACUAUCAUACAUCAAAACACAGAGAACAGUCUUACCUCACUAUGAUGUGUAUAUACCCCUCCAGUUUCACAAUGGUAAGCUGGUAAAGUUUCCACAGGAACAGAAAAAAGAAAAAAGUAAUCCAUUCUCAUCAUUUUCUGCGGCGAAAUUCGCCGGUCAACUUUGUUUUCAGUCUUUUUUUAUAAAGUUCCCCACAAACUAACUCAACAAACAUUUCCUUCUGAUUGAACCACAAAAAUGCCAAUCAAGCUGACAGAGAUUUAGUCUGGCCAAUCAUAGCCCAAAGCUCACUGUCCGUACCUGCCCAUCUAUACAGCGAUUGGAUGAAUCAAUUCCGGUUUGAGCGUAGUCGAUUCAUUCUGCCAAUGGAAAGCUCUCACACGAGGGGUUGAUCCAGGUAGUCUCCACCGAUUGGCUGAGAUACAAGCAUGCGCAGCUUUGCCGCGCAAAGUCAAGUAGCCACGGCGAUGCUAAAUGCUAACACUCAGGACCAUACAGAAAACGGACCGGACGCACGGAGCAGCGAGUUGACUCACGUAUUUUGUUGUAGUAACCAUGACUACCACUACAGCUAUCUUGAUUAAAGCCGGACGGCUGUUAGUGUUGUUGACACCAGAGUAACGUCCUAUAUGUCCAAGAUCAUAAUUUUAUGAACUAUAUCAAAGUCAUAACAUCAAGCCGCAGAUUCCUGGAGGGUCUAACUUUUGGAUUUCCGGUAAUUUGAAUUUGUUAAGCAAGAAAUAUAAUGCUAAAUAUUGGAGUUAAAAUAUGAAAAGAAAGUCCUGCACAGAUUCAUUACUCUAUGCACAUUAAAAUCUAAUAUGGCUGUCUUGCCCAGUAACAUUGUUUUAGUGGGAUUUGUAAUAAAUUGAUGCAGAGACAGUUAUUAAGAUAUGCUAUAGAUUAUUAAACAUUGUGGGUAUUGAUACUAGUUCUAUAUUUUACAACACAAUACAAAAUUAAAACACCAGCCAAUGACUGUUUUGGAUUUGAUUAUAUUCUAAGGAAGGAUAAUAAAGAUGGUUAUUAUUUUUGUAAAGAUGAUGGUGAUAUUGGCCCUGUGAGGGCUGAUGCCAAAAUGAUGCAGAUUAUGUCCAAAUGCCAAUAAUUGGCUCAAUUAAUCAGCCGACCGAUUCAUCAAUCUAUCCCUCAAACUAACUUAAAGGUACCAGUGUGUAGAAAUGGAUGUUUGAAUGUUCAGUUUUAAUCACUUAAGUUUCUACAACCAAAUCCUUUUACUAAUACAUUUAUUGUACACAGCGACCACCAACAGAAAAACCAUUCAUCAAAUCAUACUUACCCUCAAACAGAAGAGAGGUAAAGACUCCAGAGACAGAUAAAGAGACACAUGUGGCGUUACGAGAAGUUUAUUGAACCAUCACAUUCACUCACACUCAUCAAGCUUUACAUUCAACUCUUUGAAAUCAUCAGGAAUUGUGCAACCAGACCUUCACGGACUACUCUGGAUAUUGGCAAGCAGGUAACCUUGAUUUGUUUCUGUAAAUGGCUAUUGGACUGUUUCAUUGAGCACCAUGUUAACAAGCUGUACUGACAGGAUAGUGUAGAUGCCGCUACUGGUUAUUGAGCUAAUGGGCAGGCUGGACCGAAGUUUGCUGGUGCUACUGGCUCACUUUUUGGCCUUUGUGCUCUUGUCUUCAGCAGCUUCAGCUUUAGCUGGUUUUUCCUCCUCUUUCUCCUUUUUGGUUUCAGCUUUUUCUUCUGUUUUUGGAGCGGCCUUCUCCUUGUCUUUGUCAGAUUUGGUGUCGGCUUUGUCGUCUUUCUUUGUAUCAGCCUUUUCUUCCUUUUCAUCGCUCUUCUUUUCUUCCUCCUUUACCUCUUUAGCUUCUACUUUGGUAUCUUUCUCGUCACCAGCUUCUUGGGUUUUUCCCUCCUCUUGUGCUUCUUCUUCCUCUCCUUCUACGUCCUCCUUUUCUUCGGCAUUAUCUCCUUCUUCUUUGUCCUCUUUCUCUCCCUCAUCUUCAGCAGCCUCAGUCACCUCUUCUUUUUGCUCCUCUUCAUCACCACCUGUAUCGUAGUUGAAAAAGAGUUUGGUCAUACUGAAAUAAACUGAGCUAUAGAAAGCUUGCUAAAAACGAGAAUGCACUUACCUUCUUCUCCCUCUUUAGCCUCCUCUUCUCCUUCCUUAGCCUCCUCUUCCUCACCUUUGUCACCCUCCUCCUCUCCUCCCUCUUCCUCCUCUUCUUCCCCCUUUGCCUCCUCUCCUCCCUCCUCUUCUUUCUCCUCCUCCUCUUCUUUCUCCUCCUCCUCCUCUCCUGCUUCUUCCUUUACCUCCUCCUCUGCUUCCUCCUCCUCCCCUGCCUCCUCCCCCUCCUCCUCUUCUGGAGGUGGGCUGGCCUCUGCUUGCUGGGCUUGGCUCGCAGAGAUGAGACCCUCAGGGGUGCUAAUGGUGGAGCUGAGCAGGCGUGAUGUCAUCAGGUAGGAGGCACCUGAGCUCAGGCUGGAGAGGACAGGUCGGGUGAAGGAGGGAGCAGAAACACUGUGGCUGUACAGAGAGGACACGCCCCCAACCAGACCCACAUUGAAGCGGGACUCCUCCCCCUCCAGCAGCUUCCUGUACAGGUUGGAAAGAGAAUGUGUUAAGUUUGGAAUUGACAAUGUUUUCACUUUCAACCAGAUCUAAAGUGAUAGAUUAUUGGUAAAUUUGCAAAUGUAACACAACCUACAAAUAAGAAAUCAAGUUUAAAUAACCUUAGAUAACUGUUUUAAUACCAUUAAGAUAAUAAGCUGUUAUGCAUCUACUUCAGUGUAAUAGAAUCAGUACUUUUAACGAAUUUAGUCACUUUGAUGCCCUUCAAUCUUUUCCUUUUUGCCUCUUUUUCAUUGUUUUUUUUUUACCUGUAUGCAGCAAUCUCUAUGUCCAGAGCCAUCUUGACAUUCAGGAGGUCCUGAUACUCCUUCAGGUAGCGUGCCAUUUCCUGUUUGGUGCCUCUCAGCUCACCUUCCAACUCUGCGAUGGUGUCCUAGAUAGAAGAAAAAGUCAAGUUUCAAACAUAAAGAUGAAGGACACACAGCAUGAGAGGAAAAGCUUAAGUGUUAAAGGUUACUGUUCAAUAAGUCAUGUUCUGACCUGCAUAGCUGCAAUCUCUGCACUCUGCUUCUCCUCCAUCUCAUGCAGCUGUUUCUCCAGGGACUCAUUGAGGCCUCUGCAUGCGUCAAUCUCGAGCAGGCGGGUCUGGAGCUGGCGUCGGUACUCUCCUGCUUCGUCCUUGGAGCUCCUCACUGCAUCGGUGUGCUGGGCCACAGACUCAGUCAUGGAUCCCACUUUUCCUCUAAACCACUCCUCUGCUGCUUGCAUGUUCCUUGCUGCCAGCCUUUCAUACUGGGACCGGAUGUCCCUCAGAGCCCCGGAGAGGUCAGGGGUUGCAGCUUCAGAUUCUACAGCUACCUGGACGCCCAGCUGGACCUGGGCCUGGAGCUCAGCCACCUCCCCCUCAUGGAUUCUCUUGAGGAAAGUCAGCUCCUCCAGCAGAGUUUCGAUGCUCUUCUCCAGCUCAGCCUUGGCUAAAGCUGCCUGAUCAGCCUCACGUCGGGCAUCCAUCAGCCUACCCUCGGCCUCCUCACGAGCCAAGACCUCCUGUUCAUAUCGACCCUGUAGGGCAGUCAAGGUCUGUUCCAGCCGCUCUCUCUGUCCAAGGGCAGCCUGCUGUUCUGCUCUGGCCUCGUCCACAGCUGCCCUCAGGGCCCGGGCCUCCUGCUCGUACAGUGCUCUCAGACGGGAUGGUUCAGUGUGCCUCUGCCUCAGGAGCAUCAGCUCCGCCUCCAAAGCUCGGUUCUGCUGCUCCAGCUCACGCACUCUCUCGAUAAAGCCUGCAAAGCGGUCAUUGAGCUCCUGUAACUGGGUGCGCUCCUGGGUGCGUACAGCCCGAAACUCUGAGCUGAUCUGGGCUGCCUGACUGAGCUCCAACUCCAGGGAUGAAGCUGGCAAAGAUGAGGAGAGCAGCACCCGGCUGGGAGAAGAGUACUGCAGACGGGAAGAGGACACCGGGGAAGCGUGGGAAGAGUAGACAGAGUGCGUCCUUCCUCUGGUCAUCAUUACACGAGGGGGGGCCUCCACAUACCAGCGCCUGUAUGGUGAGGAGGAGUAGUAGGGGUCAUAUCCAAUGCUACUCAUGGUUGUGUGAUGGGAGGACAGGUUCCUCUCCCUCUCCUCGCUGUGUAUGAGAGUGUGUGUGUGUGUAUGUGUGUAUGUGUGUGUGUGUGGAGGUGCACGAAGGGCUCAGGUUAAAGCCUCAACUGCUUGCUGCUGCAGCAGCUCAGGCUUUUAUAGCAGGAUGGUGAGCUGUGACGCAAGCGCCUUCCCCCAAACUCUGACAAUGCAGGCUUAUAGGCUAACACUGCAACAGCAAGAAGAGAUACAGAGAGGGACCAUGGGAGUUUGAGAAGGAGGGAGGGAAGAGAGUGGGGGUAAACGAUAGGUAAAACAAGACACCAGGGGGAUGAUUGCUCAGUUAGAUGCUUGUCUUGUUCUUUCUCUGGCAUAAAAAGAAACAUUUUCUCAGGCUUAGUUUGUCAAAGUCACAUAAAUACCAGUGUGUUGUGGUGCAAUUAAAACAAAAACAUACUCAAGAAUUCAAAUAAAUGUUCAAGUAGUAACUAAACCCGGUGCUUUCCAAAUGAAAACCGCAAAUAAUGUAAUAAAUGUGCACAGAAAGAAGACAUACAUACAUACUAAACUAUACCUCCUGUUGUAUCCUUACUGCAGGCGAGAGAGAGAGUGGGGAGGGCUGUCCUGGUUUAACAAUCGUGACACAGCAUCUCUCCAUCUGGUGGCGAGCAGAACUACAGGCACGACCUCAAAAGACCUGCAGUGAUUAAAAAAAUCCCACCCAAACAGAAAGGUAGGAGGUUAAAGAGACAGAAAAAAACAUGUUACCUUGUGGGGAAAACAAAUCAAUGGUAAGGAAUUGAGAAAUUUAAGCAGGUUUUCUAACUCAAUGGUGAUAAAUAAGCAAUAAGUAAUUCAUUGGUUUGUGAUAUUUGUAUUAAAUUGUUUUUUAAGUGUUUUUCUUUAACAACAAAGAAUUGCCAACUAACUUGUUGACUGACUUGUUCUGCCUCAGGAUGAAGACUGUAUAGAAAGUCAAUUAUAUAUAUUUUUUCUGAGCUUUUCACAAGCAGAAAUCAAAGUUAUCCUGCACAGAGGGAUUUUCUAUUUUUAUUUCCCUAAUAAGAAGUUGCUUUUGAUUCGACAAUGAAGAAAGGAAGCCAUUUUAGAGCAAGGGUCAGAAAAACAGUGCUGCAGAGGAAAACAAAAAAAGGUUUAGGUCAACACAUUUAUUGUCAGACAUUUAUAAAAAGACAGAUUCUAUUCUUUUCCUUUUUUUAUCAGUAAAAUAAAAUUUUUUAGUUUUUAAGGUAGUUUAGUUCUUUAAAAGUCCCUCUUACCAGCAGCACUGAUACCUCGGCAGGUCAAUUACACUGACUUGCUGACAUGCAUUUUCAUUCCUAAUGUGUCAAUGAGUGUGUGUUUAGUGUGCAAAGAGAAGCACAUAUUCAGAAGUGCACCUUGCUUUAGAGCAGCAUGCAUAAAUGAAGUGUCUUGCAGUGCUUUGCAGCAACAUCCCUGUAGAUUUUUGAGUAUUUACAUGAUUCAUCGAGUAAUUCGUCUAUGCAGCAAAGGCCUCGAUACUAACAGCCAGCCUGCUUUUUCUGAACAGUAGUGAAGCAGGCAGUGAGAGGUGGGGGACUCCAGGGGGAUCUGCAUGGACUCUGCUGCAGCCUGAGUCAUCGUAACAGUUGUGAUCACACAAACUCCCCUGUGUACACUCUUUCCCACCCUCACAGCAGUCUGACAAUCUGCACCAGGGCUGUUUUUGGCAGAUGAGAUGCUUGCAGGAGAAAGCAGACCAUUAACAUCUCUUUGCAAGCUAAUUAGCUCACUAAAAGUGAUGAUUUAAAGGUUGCUGCUUUCUUAAUGACUUCAUUAAUGCUCAUAAAAUCCCCUAUUCCUUGAGGCAUUAGGGCAAAACAGCAACAUCGUUGUUUACAACAUUCAUAUCCUAAGCUCACAAAUUUAGUAUCUGACCCACAUUUGUUUUUUGUUGCCAUGUAGAUGAAAAUAAAACAUCUUUAUGAGUUUGAAAGUGAAAAGUUGAAGCUGCACACUAAAACAUGACACUGUGUGACAUUAACAAUACAUAAAUGAGAAAAAGUCGCUUGACUUAAAGGCACAGGAAGAGAAACUUAAUAAAAAUGGGCAUACACUGCUAUUGUCAUAAAUACUUUAUUAUCAAAUAGUCCCAAACACCAUACUCAUAACAAAACAAAAACUACCUUUGGCCAUAGAAAUAGCUGUUCAGAUCUGGUAUAGAUUCUUGUAUAAAUUUCACCAGACACAAAAUGAAUACAGCAAACGACAAAACACCAUUUGCACAUUAUUAAUAUAAAUCCCUGCUUUACCUGCAGACAUUUACAUAUCAUCAGCACUUUCACAGAGUGACUGCAGCUUAAAAGCACACCCUGUGUCCUUUCUUGCAGCAUCAUCUUAGUGAAAAAAAAACUCAGCACUCGUCAGGGUCACAAAAGUUGGGCUCUUUGCCUGGAAAUCCAUUUCUAUCAUGUAUUAGGACUGUUGCAUUUCAUCUGUUCUCUAUAAAUAGAUCAUGAUUUGAUUGACAGCACCAAGAGACAUUGACUUGUCUGGCAGUUCAGUUCUGUGGCUUUGCUUUCCAAGCUUCAUCAGCACUUUCAUCUCUCCCUCCUGUACUUCUAAGAGCAUCUCUCCUUACCGAUCAAACAUUCAAUGACAGAUACCGGAGAGUAUUUGGCUGUAAACACUUGUUUCAGUGGCAUGGUUUAUGUCAGAAAGGUAAAAAAAAAAAACUUGGCCUCGGGC